AUGUCUGAGACCACUACAGAGUCAAUUACGACGAAACGUCGUGGAUCUAUUCAUAAAAACUUAUAUGACGAUAGUCUUUUCCAACUGCCGAAUGCUAAUGAUAUAUCCAAGAUGGGACUAUACAAUGAAUAUAGGAACAUCCCAAGACAUAUUAACCAUAACCAUCAUCGGUAUAGAAGCCAAAAAACUACCACUUCUCGAUCAUACCGUAAUGGACUAUUCAAUAUCGAGAUUCCAGAUUUAAAAUCGAUUAAGGCAAGACAAUUUAUACCAGAAAUUGAUAUUAAGAUUACGAUUUUAUGUCUAGCAUGGUAUAUUACAUCGUCCAUUUCUAGUAAUCUUUCUAAGGCCAUCUUGAAGGGGUUUAAACAUCCUGUUGCGUUAACUGAGUUACAAUUUUUGAUAAGUGCGACAUUAUGUAUAAUGUUCGUUAGCUUAUUGAAUCUAAAUGAAAAGUUCAAGAAAAGUGCAGACUUCAAUCAUCGUAAGUUAACUUGUUUAAACAAAAUCAUAGACAAGUUUCCUGAAAUGAUUAUACCGAAAUAUUUGAACGGUAGUUUCCAAGAUAGUAUUAUUAACACUUUUUUGAAACCAAAUCAAAUAGUGAUAAUGACAGUUUUCCCCAUGGGUCUAUUCCAAUUUGUCGGACAUAUUACAUCCCAUAAUGCUACAGCAUUAGUUCCAAUCUCUAUUGUUCAUUCCGUUAAGGCAUUAUCUCCCAUUGCGACUGUUGGAUAUUAUUAUUUUAUUAAAGGUGGUAAGAAAAGAGCUGAUUAUAAUGAAUAUACAUUUCUUACGUUGUCAAUUUUAAUAUUUGGAGUUAUAGUAACAUGCUGGUUUACACAUAAUAAUACAAAGAAAACUAAUGGUGCAAAGACAGUGAUCAGCAGUUCUUCAUUGAUACUAGGUUUAAUAUAUUCAUGUAUUUCCAUGAUAAUUUUCGUUGCGCAAAAUAUAUUUGCCAAGGAAAUGUUUAACAAGAAAAGUAAUUCAUAUUCAACAUCUCAUAAGAAAGAAUAUUUACCAUCCACAUCCAUUGAACAUUCCGCAACACAUACUGCUACGAAACAUAUUGACAAGAUCACAAUAUUAUUUUAUUGUUCCACCAUUGGGUUCAUCUUGACAUUUAUUCCGUUCAUAACAGGAGAAUUAAUCAAAAAAAAUAAUAGUGUGUUCCACGAUUUAACCCUUCAUAUUUUACAAUUAGCUAUAAUUCAUGGUGUAGCACACUUCAUUCAAGCUUUAUUUGCGUUCCAAUUGAUUGCGUUAUUAAGUUCAGUUAAUUAUUCUGUGGCAAACAUACUGAAGCGAAUUGUUAUUAUUUUAGUGGCACUAUCUUGGGAAUCUCAUGUUAAUUGGGGUCAAUUCCUAGGACUGACAUUUACUUUGAUUGGAUUAUACGGUUAUGAUAAAUAUGGGCUGGUUAGAUUGUAA